AUGGCUGUUGCUCACCAUAAUCCGAUUAUCCCCGGAUUUGCUCCUGACCCUUCCAUCUGCCUAAUCGAUGGCGUAUUCUAUCUGGUGAACUCGAGCUUUCAUCUCUAUCCCGGACUACCCAUUUAUAUGUCAAAUGACCUGAUCUCAUGGAAACAUAUUGGAAAUGCUAUAAACAGACCAUCCCAACUGUCCCUGUCCCGAGCAACUACAUUUAUUGCCCCAUGGGACGAUGGUACAGCAAUGGUUGGGACUGGGGGCCUUUACGCGCCCACAAUCCGACAUCACAACGGCAUAACCUACAUCAUAUGCACCAACGUCAUCCAUGGUCCAUCCAAUGUACUGGGCGAUGAACGAAAUGAACAAUUCAUCAUUCACACAACCGAUAUUUGCUCGGGGAGUUGGUCGGACCCAAUAGUCUUCGGAUUUCCUGGAAUUGACCCGUCUCUGUUGUUCGAUGAUGACCGAGUAUACGUCCAACUAUGCAAAACGGGACCCGAGUUCCACAUUUACAACGGCGAAAUAGAUAUCACAACCGGGGGUAUGAUUGUAGAGCCCACUCUCAUCUGGAAGGGAUGCAAGAAAGGAUAUACAGAGGGCCCACAUAUAUACAAGAAGGACGGCUGGUACUACCUUUUAUGUGCCGAGGGGGGCACAUUUCGAUACCACAUGCUAAGCAUGGCGCGAUCAAGAAACAUAUGGGGCCCGUAUGAGUCCUAUGAUAUGAACCCUUUGUACACAGCUAGCGGCACUACUCAAUAUGUGCAAAACACUGGACAUGGCGAUCUUUUCCAAGAUCAAAACAAGCAAUGGUGGGUAGUCAUGCUGGGGAUUCGCAUCAAGGAGGGACGAUCUAUCUUGGGACGGGAGACAUUCCUGACAGCGGUUAAUUGGCCUUGUGACGAGUGGCCGAUGAUUGAAUCAAUCACAAGUGACGGAGAUUUGGGGACAAAUUUCAAGGAGUGUCAAGACUCACUUGCUGUUACCCCCUGGGUUCAUUUGAGAGAUGCUAAACUAGACCGGUACCAUAUUCACGACAAGUGCAUCACACUACAAGCAGACCCGGUGGAGUUUACUAGCCCGGAUGAGUCAAUUACUUUUGUUGGCCAACGGCAACGAAGACUGGAAGGCACUGCUACGGUCACUUUGUACAGGCCGCGGCAUUCCACAUCAGUUCGAGCAGGGAUGGCUCUCUACAAAGACGAGCACCGAUUCUUGACAAUUGGAUAUGACUUCCACUCCCAACACGUCAUUUUCAACGGAUUGAAUCAAGCGAAGUCAUUCUUGCAAAAAGAGACACAACGUGUGGAAUUCCAUGAUUUCAUCUCUUUCAAAAUUAGCUACACCGAGGCUUCUCUGCAAUUCUUCUUUAGGGUGGAUGAGGCGGACUGGCAUGAUUUGGCGACUGUUGACACCGCCAUCAUGACGGAUUACGAUUUCACUGGUCCGGUCAUUGGGAUUUUUGCCAUUGGGGAUGAUGUUACGGUGGAAUUUGGAGACUUCCAAAUUGAUGCUGUGUAG